AUGAGGCAUGAAUGUUUCCGUCGUGGUGCAUGGUUUAGAGACGUUCUGCGUGUGUACUGUGCUCGGACUAGUAUAACAUACUCAUGCAAUACCGGAUAUCAACUUUCUGGAGCAACGACAACUGUUUGUCAAACAUCUGGAACAUGGUCUGGAGCACCACCAACGUGCACCCGUGUCUUGUGCAGUAGUCAAGUUGCUCCUUCUAAUGGAGCUAUUGCUAGUGUGUCCUUGGAGGUUUAUGGUGCAGCAAUAUUUACCUGCAAUUCUGGAUACAAUGUAGUCGGUUCCAGCGCAUCAGUAUGUCUUCCAAAUGGAACUUGGUCGAUUUCUCCACCAACGUGUCAGCGUGUUCAAUGUCCAUCGAUCGUUCCAUCACCUUCCUUUGGAUCUGUAUUGUCAGGAAGUAAUGCGGUAUUCAAUUCCAGAAAAUAUGAAUGUCAUCCUGGUUAUCAACUUGAAGGUAUAAAAUGCCCAACGACUGUUGCCUCGCCUAAUUACGGAAACGUCACCACCGGCACAAAUGAUGUAUUCAGUUCCAGAAAGUAUAUCUGCAACGCUGGUUAUCAAUUGCAAGGUAGCUCACACACCAUCUGUCUCUCAACCGGCGAAUGGUCUGGUCCAACACCUACCUGCAAACGUGUUUUGUGUAGCAGUCAAGUUGCUCCUAUAUAUGGCUCGGUUGACACUGCGUCUUUGGAGAUUAAUGGUGCAACAAUUUUUACCUGUUAUUCAGGAUACUAUGUAGUCGGCAGCAGUGUGUCUGUUUGUCUUCCAAAUGGAACUUGGUCAAAUUCACCACCAAUUUGCCAACGUGUUGUAUGCAGCCAUCAAAAUCCUCCCCCUAAUGGUGCUAUUGCCAGUGUAUCCUUGGAGAUAAAUGGCGCGACAAUUUUCACCUGCAGUUCCGGGUACAAACUUCUCGGUAGCAGUGCAUCUGUUUGCCUUCCAAAUGGAACGUGGUCAAAUACGCCUCCAACAUGCGUGUCAACAUCAACGCAAUGUCCUGCCAAUCCACCUCCUCCAUUUAAUGGUAUCGUAUCUCCUGGCGGGCGAAAUGCUUUCACGACAAGAACAUACUCGUGCAAUACCGGAUAUCAACUUUCUGGCGCAACAACAACUAUUUGUCAAACAACAGGAGCAUGGUCUGGAACACCACCAACAUGCAGACGUGUGGUAUGUAGCAGUCAACAUGCUCCUUCUAAUGGGGCUAUUGCUAGCAUGUCCGUGGAGAUUUAUGGCGCGACAAUUUUCACCUGCAGCUCGGGAUACACUUUGGUCGGUAGUAGCGCAUCUGUUUGCCUUCGUAAUGGAGCUUGGUCGACUUCACCGCCAAUUUGCCAGCGUAUACAAUGCCCAAUGACUGUUCCUGCACCAACUGAUGGAAAUGUUACAUCAGGAACAAAUGACGUAUUCAUCUCAAGACAAUACACCUGUAAUGAUGGAUAUAAACUGCAAGGAAGCUCCCAUACUAUUUGUCUUUCAACUGGUGCGUGGUCCGGUCCAACUCCUACCUGCAAACGAAUAACAUGUUCCGCAUCAUUAGUCAAUCCCACUAAUGGACGUGUGACGGCACCAGCUAACACAGCAUUCAGUGUGUCAACAUACUCUUGCACGCCAGGUUAUGAGUUGGUCGGGCACGCAAAUACCAUUUGCCUGACAUCUGGUCAGUGGUCUGGACAAGUACCAACAUGCAGCAAAAUAGCAUGCUCAUCAACCCCAACUGCUCCUACAAAUGGGAGUCUGUCACCUGGAGGAAAUGAUUUUCUGACAGUUCGCACGUAUUCCUGUAAUCCUGGAUUUCAGCUGAUUGGCGAUAGCACUACCGUGUGCCAGGCAAAUAGACAAUGGUCCGAUGCUACAACAACCUGCACGGGUAUGUCGGAGCUACCUGCAUCCAACACUUGUUAUUAA